AUGUUGGAGGUGUUGGAAGUGCCGUGGACGGUGGUCGGUAAGGACCCCGGUGCCGGUGGCGGGAGCGGCGGCCACAGGCGCCCGGGCGUGCCGCGGAAGCAACCGCUGCAAAGUAGCUUGGGGCAGUCCAAGGUGGCCGCGGAGGCGCGGCCUCCGAAGGCAGGAGGCAAGAAGUGCAAUUCCGGGGCCAGCGCUCCGCGGCGCGGCGAGCAGGCGCGGAGCAAGCAGGUGGCGGCGAUGGAGCCGGUGCAGGCCCCGCCGCCCCCGGUUUCGAGCAGCAAGGGGCUGGAGCUCUGCCGGCGCCCUGGGUUCGGCACGGUGGGCGCGCGCUGCGUGGUCAAGGCCAACCACUUCCUCGCGGAGGUCGCCGAUAAGGACCUCACCCAGUACGACGUCAAGAUCACGCCGGAGUCCAGGUCGCGGAGCGUGAACCGGGCCGUCGUGGCCGAGCUGGUCCGCCUCUACCGCGCGUCCGACCUCGGCAUGCGCCUCCCGGCCUACGAUGGCCGCAGCAACCUCUACACCGCCGGCCGCCUCCCCUUCGACGCCCGAGAGUUCGUCCUGCGCCUCGCCGUCGACGACGACGGCGGCUCCGACGCCACCGCCCGGGAGAGGGAGUACAAGGUGGCCAUCAAAUUCGCGGCCAGGGCCGACCUGCACCACCUCCGGCAGUUCAUCGCGGGGCGGCAGCCCGACGCCCCACAGGAGGCCCUGCAGGUCCUGGACGUCGUGCUCCGGGAAGUCGCCAACCAGAGGUACCUCGCCGUAAGACGAUCCUUCUAUUCGCCGGACAUUCGGACGCCGCAGAGGCUCGGCGAUGGCUUGCAGUCAUGGUUUGGCUUCUACCAAAGCCUCCGGCCGACACAGAUGGGGUUGUCACUAAACAUUGACAUGUCAUCCACGGCGUUCAUCGAGCCUCUCCCAGUGAUCGAUUUCGUCGCGCAGUUCCUGGGGAAGGAUGUCAUGUCAAGACGGUUGUCGGAUGCGAACCGUAUCAAGAUUAAGAAAGCUCUACGAGAUUUGAAGAUUGAAAUCACUCACCGAGGAAGUUUAAGGCGGAAGUACCGUGUAUCUGGCUUGACAGCGCAACCAACUCAUGAACUAGUUUUCCCAAUCGACGAUGAAAUGAAAUCAGUUGUAGAGUAUUUCAAGGAAAUGUAUGGGUUUACCAUAAAGCAACUACAUCUUCCCUGCCUUCUUGUAGGAAACCCAAAGAAGCCAAAUUAUCUACCAAUGGAGGCCUGCAAGAUUGUCGAAGGUCAGAGGUAUAAGAAGAGGUUGAAUGAAAAGCAGAUAACAUCAUUACUGAAAGUUACAUGCCAAAGGCCUAGAGAGAAGGAAAUGGAUAUUCGACGGACCGUUCACCAAAAUGAAUAUGAACAAGAUCCCUAUGCGAAGGAAUUUGGGAUAAACAUAAGUGACAAACUCACCUGUGUUGAAGCACGAGUUCUGCCUGCACCCUGGCUAAAAUACCAUGACACUGGAAAAGAGAAGGAGUGCUUACCUCGUGAUGGUCAAUGGGACAUGAAAAACAAGAAAGUUGUCAAUGGGUGCACUGUGGAUUAUUGGGCAUGCAUUAACUUCUCAAGCAGUAUUCGAGAAAGCACUGCCAGCGGAUUUUGCCAGGAGUUGGCACAAACGUGUAAAAUCUUAGGCAUGGAGUUCAACAGUGAGCCUGCUAUACCGAUAUAUUCCGGUAGACCAGAUCAUGCAGUACAGGCACUUAAGCAUGUAUACAAAGCUGCACUGAACAAACUCAAGGGAAAGGAGCUUGAACUUCUUUUGGUAAUCCUCCCUGACAACAAUGGCCCAUUGUACGGAGACAUAAAACGCAUAUGUGAAACUGAGUUGGGAUUAAUAUCACAAUGCUGCUUGACAAAGCAUGUAUUUAAGAUUUGCAACCGAUACUUGGCAAAUGUCUCACUCAAAAUCAAUGUUAAGAUGGGGGGAAGAAAUACUGUACUCCUGGAUGCUGUAAGUCGAAGGAUUCCGUUGGUUAGUGAUAUACCGACAAUAAUAUUUGGUGCGGAUGUAACACAUCCUGAAACCAGAGAAGAUACCAGUCCAUCAAUUGCUGCAGUUGUUGCUUCUCAAGACUGGCCAGAAGUUACAAAGUAUGCUGGAUUGGUGUGUGCUCAACCUCAUCGGCAAGAGCUCAUCCAGGACCUGUACAAAACAUGGCAUGAUCCUCAGAGAGGCACUGUAACAGGAGGCAUGAUCAGGGAGCUUCUAAUUUCCUUCAGGAAGGCUACAGGGAAGAAGCCAUUAAGAAUAAUCUUCUACAGGGAUGGUGUCAGUGCAGGACAGUUUCAUCAAGUAUUACUUUAUGAGUUAGAUGCUAUCCGCAAGGCUUGUGCAUCUUUAGAACCAAAUUACCAACCUCCAGUAACGUUUGUGAUAGUCCAGAAGCGCCACCAUACGAAACUAUUUGCAGACAAUCACAACGACAGAAGUAGCAUCGACAAGAGUGGAAAUAUUCUGCCUGGUACUGUCGUUGAUUCGAAGAUAUGCCAUCCCACACAGUUUGACUUCUACCUCUGCAGUCAUGCUGGUAUUCAGGGUACUAGUAGGCCAGCACAUUAUCAUGUUCUCUGGGACGAGAACAAUUUCACGGCAGACGAAAUGCAGACUUUGACAAACAACCUUUGCUACACGUAUGCGCGGUGCACACGAUCUGUUUCUGUUGUGCCGCCUGUCUAUUAUGCUCAUCUUGCUGCAUUCCGGGCUCGUUUCUACAUGGACCAAGAUAUGUCGGAAAACCGCUCCGUGAAGAAUGCCAACGGGACGAAUGGAAGUACCAUGAAGACUAUGCCAGCGGUGAAAGAGAAGGUGAAGAGGGUGAUGUUCUACUGCUGACAAGGAUAAACAAAAGUUGUAGUCGACAUGUCAUACCUAACACUAGAAAUUAGAGGUUUAUAUUAGAUAAUGUAGGAGGCAAAAGUGAAUGGCUUGGUAUUUUGUCCAGUAACAACUUGGACGAUGUUUUGUCAAGGGAUCAGAGUCCUCCGUUAUAUGUAUAGCUCAUAGAUUGGUAACAUCAGGCUGUAAAAUGUGCAGA